CUCAAAAGCUCUUUCAACACUCUGAGUAACGAUGAAGGUUCUGGUUGCUAUGGCAUUUUUGGGGGUGUGCUCAGCGGGCGACCCCCAUCAGGCCUUCGGCUCCGGCUGGGAUCCUCAUGGAGGCGGAGGAGGAGGAGGAGGAGGUUACUACCAACCUCGAUAUACCGGGCCUUUGGCUUCGUCCGUUCCAGCAGGCAUCGGAGGGAAGGUCAUACCUGUCUCUGAUACCUACGAGGUGGCUGCUGCUAAGAACGCCUUCUACCACGCUUACCAGAGGCAGCUGGCUGCCGUUGCAAAAGGUGGCCACGGCCAUGGUGGAGGAGGCUUUGGACAUGGUGGAGGAUAUGGCCAUGGAGGAGGAGGCUUUGGCCAUGGUGGAGGAGGAUUUGGCCAUGGUGGAGGAGGAUUUGGCCAUGGUGGAGGAUAUGGCCAUGGAGGAGUAGGCUUUGGCCACAGUGGAGGAGGCUUUGGCCAUGGUGGAGGAGGCUUUGGCCACGGAGGAUUGUAUGGCCAUGGUGGAGGAGGUUUUGGCCACGGUGGAGGCUACGGCUAUGGUGGAGCUCCCCUGUAUGACGGCAUAGUCGUAGACACUCCAGCUGUGUCCAAAGCAAAGGCCCAGUUCUACAGGCACUACAGCAAAGGAGCCGCUGCGGCUGCAGCAGCCCCUGAUAUUAAUGUUUACGGAAGCCAGAAGGGUUAUGGCUCCGGAUGGAACCUUGAUAAGGGUUCAACCAUGAAGAUCUUGGUUGCUCUGGCAGUUUUGGGGGCGUGCUCGGCGGGUGUCCCCCAUCAGGCCUACUACGACUCUCACUGGGAUCUUCAGGGCGGCGGUAACAAGCAGCCCAAAUGGACAGGGCCCUUGGCUUCCACCGUCCCAGCAGGCGUCGGAGGGAAGAUCGUCCCUGUCUCUGAUACUGUCGAGGUCGCUGCAGUUAAGGAAGCCUUCUUCCAGGAGUACGAGAGACAGCUGGCUUUCAUUUCACGUCUCGGCUCUUCGCACUACCAGGGUCACUCGGGGCCUCAUGUACACAAUGGCAGAGGUGGAGGCUUUGGCCAUGGUGGUGGCUAUGUCCACAGUGGAGGCCUAGGCCAUGGUGGAGGCUUUGGCCAUGGUGAUGGCUAUGUCCACAGUGGAGGCCUAGGCCAUGGUGGAGGCCUAGGCCAUGGUGGAGGCUAUGGGCAUCAUGGAGGCCUAGGACAUGGUGGAGGCUUUAGCCAUGGUGGUGGCUAUGCCGAUGGUGGAAGCUAUGGUCAUUAUGGAGGCUCUGGUCAUGGUGCUGGCUAUGCUCACGGAGGAAAUUAUGCCCACAGUGGAAGUUCUGGCCAUGGUGGGGGAUUUAGCCAUGAUGGAGGCUUUAGCCACGGUGUUGGCUAUGUCCAUGGUGGCAGCUAUGUCCAUGGUGGAGGCCAUGCACAUGGUGGAGGCCUUGGCCAUGGUGGAGGCUCUGGGUAUGAGGGAGCUCCCAUUGUCAAGGGCCGAGUAGUUGACACGCCAGCUGUGGCAGCAGCAAAGGCCCAGUUCUUCCAGCUGUACAAACAACAAGCUGCUGCGGCUGCAGAAGAGUCACCACUUCUAAAGGCGUGAGGAAGCACCACAACUUAGACUAUGGAACCCAGAAGGAUCACCACUCCUAAAGGCUUGAGAUAUCAUCGUGAUGCCAUAACGAAGAAUCUUACGGCAUUGUUUGUGGGCUUGUUGAGCAUUUCGUGAGUUACUUGUCUUUGUGUAUAAUGAAUAUUUCG